AUGUCUGACGUCGAAGAACAACAACAAUUUGAAGAAGAAAUCAUCUCUGAACCAGUCGAAGUUCAAUACGUUGAAUUAGCAACUCCAAUUCCAAAGGAUGUCCAACAAGGUGCAGCUGAAGUCAAGUUGUUCAACAAGUGGUCUUUUGAAGAUGUUGUUGUUAAGGACAUCUCCUUGACUGACUACAUCCAAGUCAGACAACCAGUUUUCGUUUCCCACACUGCAGGUAGAUACGCUACCAAGAGAUUCAGAAAGGCACAAUGCCCAAUCAUUGAAAGAUUGACCAACUCCUUGAUGAUGAACGGUAGAAACAACGGUAAGAAGUUAAAGGCUGUCAGAAUCAUUAAGCACGCUAUGGAAAUCAUCCACAUUUUGACCGACUUGAACCCAUUACAAGUCAUUGUCGAUGCUAUUGUCAACACUGGUGCAAGAGAAGAUACCACUAGAAUUGGUUCCGCUGGUGCAGUCAGAAGACAAGCUGUUGAUGUCUCUCCAUUAAGAAGAGUCAACCAAGCUAUUGCUUUAUUGACCAUUGGUGCAAGAGAAGCUGCUUUCAGAAACAUCAAGACUAUUGCUGAAUGUUUAGCUGAAGAAUUAGUCAACGCUGCAAAGGGUUCUUCCACCUCUUACGCUAUCAAGAAGAAGGAUGAAUUAGAGAGAGUUGCAAAGUCCAACCGUUAA